AUGGUGGAAGAACCUAUCGAGUUCGAAGGCCCAGAGAAACUCUUGGAGAUUUGGUUUUAUCCAAAGAAAACCAAGGUUCCUCAUGCCGAAAAAUCCUUGAGAAGCAUCGGAUAUGAUAAGUGGGAAGAGUUGUUGAAGCUUGUUAAGUGCGAGAUUUUGUCUACAAUUUCGACCGACGAAAUGGACUGCUUCUUACUUAGUGAGUCUUCCAUGUUUGUGUUUGACCACAAGUUGAUGCUGAAAACUUGUGGUACAACAACCACUCUUCUCUGCCUUCCAAAGUUGUUCGAAUUGAUUAGAGACGAACUGCAAUGGAAUUUCCAAUGCGAGGACGGUGUUCUCAACCAUCCGUACAAGGUAUUCUAUUCGCGUAGAGCUUUCAUGUUCCCUCAAAGUCAAAGAUCUAUCCAUAGAAGCUGGUCUGAAGAGUGCAACUACUUGGACAAAUUCUUUGUGAGUGGUAAAUCGUACGUCAUUGGUAGAGUUGAACAAAACGACCAUUGGAACUUGUAUGUUACCAAGACCAAUAAGGACUUGUGUACCGAGGCUAAUGAUGAUUGUGAGGAGGAUUUCACUCUUGAAAUGCUAAUGACAGGGUUGGACAACAACCAAUCCCAACAAUUCGUUACCAAGGAACCUCGCGAAAUAGACGGUCACGUUAUUGGUAACAAGAUGACCAAAGCUGCUAGCAUUGAUCAAAUCUAUAAGUUUGAUACUAGCAAGAUCAAUUUCAACAUUGACUCCUUUGGUUUCCAACCUUGUGGUUACUCGUGUAACGCUGUCGUUGACCAAUCUUACUACUACACUAUCCAUGUGACCCCAGAACAAGACUGGUCCUACGCUUCGUUCGAAAGUAACGUCAUAUUGCACAACAUUAAGUCGACUUCAACAAAAUUCGAUGUCGUCAACAAAGUUCUUGGUAUCUUCCAACCAUUGGACUUUUGUAUGACCAUUUUCAUCAAAGCUAACGCCGUUGAAUGUGUUGAUAUCGAUUUCCCUUGCUCUAAGGUCGCUAAUUAUAGAAAGGAGGAUAAGAUCGUCCACGAUUUGGAUGAUUAUCAAUUGAUCUACAUUAGAUACACAAAGAUAUGA